UUGCCCUCCCUCUUCCUUCUCCAUUACCUUUUUUUCUCACUGGUCAACUUGCUUUUGCACUUUUUCUUUCUCCAAUAUUAGGGUUCCUCUUUGGCUGCAGCGAUAAAAUCUGCUGUGGGUUGGUUAGGUUAUUUUAUCAUCAGUUUCCCACUGCCCAAGGCUGGCCUUAUCUUGGUAGAAGAGCAGACCAACAUCCUCCUCAACACAUACACAGCCCAUUCAUUUAAGGGGAAAAGACAGCAGUGAAAAUGGCUUCUUCCAGCUCUUACAAUUCACCCUGUGCUGCUUGCAAAUUGUUGAGGAGGAAAUGCAUGCCAAGCUGCAUCUUUGCACCUUACUUUCCACCGGAGGAGCCCCAAAAAUUUGUGAAUGUUCACAAGAUCUUUGGAGCGAGCAACGUGACCAAGCUCCUCAACGAGCUCCUCCCUCACCAAAGAGAGGACGCGGUGAAUUCUCUUGUCUAUGAAGCUGAGGCGAGAGUAAGAGAUCCGGUUUACGGCUGCGUUGGUGCCAUCACUUUCCUGCAGAGACAAGUCCAAAGGCUCCAGAAAGAACUUGAUGCAGCUAAUGCCGAGUUGAUCCGCUACGCCUGCAACGACAUCACAACAUCCUUGCCUCAAGCGCCAGGGACGACCUCAUUUCAACCGCUCACUCCCCGUAACAGGCUAGAUGAAUUUAACAGAAGGAAUAUUGACAAUGAAGGAGGAGGGUUCUAUCAAGUCCCUGCUGCUCUUCCUUAUUCUUUUCCUUGGAAUGAUACCUCUUCGGGUGAUCUCAACGAUAGAGGAGGAGAAGGCGGCCUGUGAACAACAAAUCAAGAAAUUUCAGAACGUAUAAUAUGCUCCAUUUAGGGUUUCCUACAUGGGCAUAUGAUCUUGCUGGGAUGAGUGUUUCUUUUACAUUUUUCAGUGAAAGUUUGGUCCAUGGCUAGCUUCUCUAUCUUCUGGACUUCACUUAGUCCGAGCUAGAGAUGUCUUGCUUAGCUUUUCUAGUUUUUAUUGUUUGCCUGGUGGUGGGUGCAGUAAGACUAGCUUCUGGGUUUUAAAAUGUGUCAUCGGCAUUGUACUUUAUAUAUAUUUGUGUUGUGGUAAUUUGAACCUAAAUAAGGGUGCUAGAAGCCAUAUAUAUAUUUAUAUGGCAGCUAAGCCUUUGGUUGCGUCAUUUGGGCAGAAGUAGCUGUAGGCAUGGGUGCACGUGGAGAUGCUCUUCCCCUUCUGUCAUUGUUUAUGCUUAAAGAAUAAGUGAAAUGAAAUA